CGUAAAGUUUGGUUAGAUUGUGGUGUGUUGUUCAUGAAAUGCUUCAAGGCAGAACAUGUGGACCUAGACAUAUUUCAUUGUUCUUCCCAUAAAUAUCUUGACUCCCUAUGUGUUCUCUGUGUAUCAUCGUGAUGUUUCAUGUUUGCACCUACAUGGAAAGCAUCUUCUCCUUCUCCUCGUAUGAAAUGUGUGUUUCUUUAUUCAUUUUUUUCUUCCGUCCCUUUCAUUUUCAGGGAGAGCAAGGCAUCUGUGCAGAUUCCAAAUGAUUUCUGUAAUAAUAGCUUUUUUAAAAAUUAGAAAGAAUGAUGGUGAUGUGUGUGAAAGAGUUCUUCUUGUUCGUUAAGCAGCACUAAGAGAGUUAAAUAUCUGAAGGAUUUGGGGAGCGGGGAGGAAGAGGAGGGGGCAAAAUCCCCUGAUUGUACUGAAAUACAUGGCCCUUUGCCUGGAACAGCAUCACAAGCUCACUCCACAGUACGCGAGGCUGGGAGGCUGUAGCAUAGCCGCGUUGAGUAUCUUUGCUGGGAUCUUACAGAAUUUGAUGCUUUGCAGCUGUUAGAAGAAAUAUUGCCUUUUUAAAAAAGCCAUUGAUCGGGCGCUGCAAGCGGUGGCGAUCGUAGUAGUAGUACUGAAUGACACAGCUUUGCUGGAUGACAUGGAGCUGAUCUCUGCAUCAGCCAAGAGGAAUUAAGCUUUGUCACUCCCCGCUGGGACUACCUUUCUUCUGGUAUGUGUGCGAGGAAUUCAUAUGCUUCUGCUGCAUCCACCAAAGCAGAGUCUUGAGUAGACUUUGCCACUGAAGAAGGCAGCCAGCAAGAAUGAUAGCUGUCUCUUUCAAAUGCCGUUGUCAAAUACUGAGGAGACUUACGAAAGAUGAGAGCCCAUAUACUAAAUCUGCAAACCAGUCAAAACCACCUGAAGGAGCAUUGGCUGUAAGGAGGCAGAGUAUUCCAGAGGAAUUCAAGGGCUCAACAAUAGUGGAAUUAAUGAAGAAAGAAGGCACUACUUUGGGGCUUACAGUGUCUGGUGGCAUUGACAAAGAUGGAAAACCAAGAGUGUCUAACCUUCGUCAAGGAGGAAUCGCUGCUAGAAGUGACCAACUGGAUGUGGGAGAUUACAUCAAAUCUGUGAAUGGAAUUAAUUUGACCAAGUUUCGCCAUGAUGAGAUCAUUAGUUUGCUCAAGAACGUUGGUGAGCGGGUUGUGCUGGAAGUGGAAUAUGAGUUACCACCAGUCUCUGUACAAGGUUCAGGUCUCAUUUUUAGAACAGUGGAAGUUACUUUGCAUAAAGAAGGAAACACAUUUGGAUUCGUAAUUAGAGGUGGAGCACAUGAUGACAGAAAUAAAUCUCGUCCUGUUGUAAUAACAUGUGUUAGACCUGGAGGGCCUGCUGACAGAGAGGGCACAAUCAAACCUGGUGACAGGUUGCUCAGCGUUGAUGGGAUUCGUCUUGUUGGAACAUCUCAUAGUGAAGCCAUGAGUAUUCUCAAACAGUGUGGGCAAGAAGCAACUCUCCUGAUAGAAUAUGACGUCUCGGUGAUGGACUCUGUAGCAACUGCUUCUGGGCCACUGCUUGUUGAAGUUGCCAAAACAGCUGGCUCUGCUCUGGGGGUUGCCCUAUCUACCUCGAUGUGCUGCAGCAAACAAGUCAUUAUCAUAGACAAAAUAAAAUCUGCAAGUAUAGCGGACAGAUGUGGCGCAUUACACAUUGGAGAUCAUAUUCUCUCAAUUGACGGCACCAGCAUGGAGUACUGUACAUUAGCAGAAGCAACACAGUUCUUGGCGAAUACUUCUGACAAUGUCAAACUAGAGAUUCUCCCUCAUCAUCAGACACGGCUGGCUCUUAAGGGACCAGAACAUGCGAAGGUUCAAAGGAGCAACCGGCAACUUAUGUGGGAUCCUUAUGCCAACAACCAGAGCGGUGCCCCCACCUACCACCAUUAUAACACCUACCACCCUGACCAUUGCAGGACGCCAACCCUGACAUGCCAGAAAACGUCUCCGCAAAAAAGCCUUUCCCUGGUAUCUGCGUCCUUCUCACCUGCCUCCAUGAGUGCAUACAGCCUGAGCUCCCUAAACAUGGGGACUUUACCUCGCAGCCUCUACUCUACCAGCCCACGUGGAACAAUGAUGAGAAGAAGACUCAAAAAGAAGGACUUCAAGAGCUCAUUGUCACUAGCCUCUAGCACUGUUGGCCUGGCUGGGCAGGUUGUCCACACAGAAACUACAGAAGUAGUACUGACAGCUGACCCCAUUGUAGGAUUCGGGAUACAGCUCCAGGGAAGUGUAUUUGCUACUGAGACUUUGUCUUCUCCGCCUCUGAUUUCUUAUAUUGAGGUUGACAGUCCAGCAGAAAGGUGUGGCAUGCUACAAAUAGGAGACAGAGUACUGGCCAUAAACGGGAUCCCAACAGAAGAUAGCACAUUUGAUGAAGCAAAUCAGCUACUCAGAGAUUCAUCUGUCACCAGCAAAGUUACUUUGGAAAUAGAAUUUGAUGUUGCAGAAUCUGUCAUACCCAGUAGUGGAACUUUCCAUGUAAAACUACCAAAGAAGCAUAAUGUAGAGCUUGGCAUCACCAUAAGCUCUCCAUCUAGUCGAAAGCCAGGGGACCCCCUUGUUAUUUCGGAUAUUAAGAAGGGAAGUGUGGCUCACAGAACUGGAACUUUAGAACUUGGAGACAAAUUGCUGGCCAUAGACAAUAUCCGGCUGGACAACUGUUCCAUGGAAGAUGCAGUACAAAUCUUGCAGCACUGUGAGGAGCUUGUGAAGCUGAAAAUUCGCAAAGACGAAGAUAACUCUGAGACCAAUUGCAUCCUCUUGGCAUGUGUUGCAGAUGAACAAGAGAGCUCAGGAGCAAUUAUUUAUACUGUCGAGCUCAAGCGGUACGGCGGACCUCUUGGGAUCACUAUUUCUGGUACUGAAGAGCCCUUUGAUCCCAUUAUCAUUUCAAGUCUUACUAAAGGCGGACUAGCUGAGAGGACAGGUGCAAUUCAUAUUGGGGACCGAAUCUUAGCAAUAAAUAGUAGUAGCCUGAAAGGAAAACCUUUGAGUGAAGCCAUACAUUUGUUACAGAUGGCAGGAGAGACAGUCACCUUGAAAAUCAAAAAGCAAACAGAUGCCACAAGUCCCAAGAAGUUUUCUGCCUCUGGUCACCUAAAUGAAUUAAGUGAUGCUGAAGAGGAUGCAGCUGCAACACAGAAACCAGGCAAACUCUCGGAAGUUUACUCCACUACAGUCCCCAGUGUGGACAGUGCUGUUGAAUCAUGGGAUGGCUCUGGAAUCGACACCAGCUAUGGAAGCCAAGGUCCCAAUUUCCAGGCUUCAGGAUAUAACUUCAAUACCUUUGAGUGGAGGAGUCCUAAGCAAAGGGGCAGUUUGUCCCCUCCCACCAGGCCCCGAAGCAACCCUUUCCAUGAAACAGGCCUAGGCGAUGAGGACUGGGAUAAACCUAUAGCCACUAGCUUUGCAGGUGCUCCCGAAAAUGAUCAGGAGGAGAAUUUCUGGUCUCAGGCACUGGAGGACUUGGAGACCUGCGGACAGUCAGGAAUUCUAAGGGAACUAGAGGACAAGGCUGACAGGCGUCUGUGUUUGAGAAACAUGACUCUCUUGGCAACAAUUAUGUCUGGGAGCACAAUGAGCCUGAACCACGACAACCCACAGCAUCGUGGUCACCUGGGGAGACAAGCCAGCUUCCAGGAAAGGAGCACUUCAAGGCCACAUUACAGCCAGACAACCCGUAGCAAUACAUUGCCUUCAGAUGUAGGGAGAAAAUCUCUAGCGCUGCGAAAAAUGAAGCAAGAGAUGAAAGAAAUUAUGUCACCAACUCCUGUGGAGUUGCACAAGGUAACCUUGUUCAAGGAUUCUGACAUGGAAGACUUUGGAUUUAGUGUCUCAGAUGGCUUAUUGGAAAAAGGUGUGUAUGUUAAAAAUAUUCGGCCAGCUGGACCUGGAGAUGUAGGUGGUUUGAAGCCAUACGACAGAUUACUACAGGUAAACCACGUCCGCACAAGAGACUUUGACUGCUGCCUAGUAGUUCCCCUCAUAGCAGAGUCUGGUAACAAACUGGAACUGGUAAUUAGUCGAAAUCCCAUAGCCUCGCAAAAGAUCGGUUCCGAGCAACAGACUUUUGCAACCGGGGAGUGGAACGACCAGAACAAUGCCUUUCUUCAACCAGGUGGACACAACUCUGGUUUGGAAAUGAAGCGGGAACCUACGAAUACUUUAUAGCCAAAAAAAAAAAUCUGUAUUCGUGUAAGACAUUUAAAUGGUGCUAAUUCCCUUUCAGAUUUCGGAUAUACUGGAGACACAGCUAUUAUGUGGCAUUAAGAAGCACAGGGGAGUCUUUAUUAUUUCUCAAGGCUCACUAUUUGUUACUUGCUUCCCAAACGGAGUUUCAUUCUGCUUGUUUUUUAUGACCACAAAUAGUGCCAUUUCCAAACUGACCUUUUUAUAUAAAAAAGAAAGCAAGUGAAAAAUUGACAGUGAAAAUGGCUGCAUUUUAUUAGUUAAAUGAAAGAUGGCUCUUCUAGCCCUCUUCAGGGUUUUUAAAAGACCCCCCCCCCCAAUGUAAAUCAUUAGACUAUGGGUAUGAUAUUCAAAACAUAUAACAUGUUUGAAGACAAAUGGUAACUAAGUGAAGGAACCUUGAAUUUUUGCUGCUGUAUCUAGAUUACUGUAUCAUAGUAGUUGCUUUUCUGAGACCUGUACUGUUGUUUCCUCUGCUAUAAGGGAAAGGGGAGGGAAGACAAAAUGAUGUGCUUUUAGGAAAAGUGCACAUAGGAAUCUGAUGUGUAAAGGGGUAAAGUGCUACUGCCCAGCAGUAGUAUGGUUUUAUUAAGAGUUAUAUUAUUCCCUAUGCAAUGAUGUAUUGAACAGGAUAUGUCUUGCAGCCUGUAUGAACUUCUGACAUUUAGAUAUUUGGAACCUCUGAUAAAUUACUGGUUUUAACACAGUAAAAUAUGUUUUAGUGAAAUUUUCAAAGACAUUUCUACCACAAACAUUCAAGUGGGGUUUCUUUUUUUUAAAAAAAAAUGAACUGUAGAAGCAACAAUACUGAUGCAAAAAGCAUACAAACUGCCCAGUUUUGGGUAUACGCGAGUUAACUUCUAUAACUACAGAACAUAUUAAAAUUAAAACAAAUUGUAUGUUCAUGGGUUUUAAGAAUCUUUAAACGGCUUUGUUAAAUCUCAUUGAUUCUUAUCAUUUUGGGCAAUUAAUUUCAAAACUGUAAAUACAUUUUGCACACAGCCACCCAAAUUCUUCCCUUUUUCCCAUUCAAAGCAAUAAAAUGCCAGUUGCUUUUUAGACUCACCAGCAGCUGCUUUGGUUUUGUUUACUGUAUUGUUAUGGUAAUGUUACUUGGUGACUGGAAAGACACUGGAUUUGUCCAUUAUCAUUGUAGAGUCUUCAUAUCAUCCUAAAUAGCAUUUUUUUCAUAUAUUUGGAAUUGUCGAACUACCCCCCAAUGCUGUUUUCCUUAACCUGUUAUAUAAGCAAGCUUACCUGACCCUAUGCACACAUGUGAAAUGUUUUAUUCAUACUUCAGCACUGCCAGAGGAAAUUCAUUCAAAAUGAAAUUGAAACCCAAAUCAUGAACCACUUAAUAUGUAUUUUUAUUUGAAACAAAUGAGUAUUAAACUAAAGUAUUUUUGUACAAAUUUAAUACUUUAAUAGCAUGAUAUUUAUCGUCUAUGUAUGGUUUCUGCAAAUUUGAACUGUUACAAAAUUUGUAUGGAAAAUGUAAAAAAAUGAAAUAAACAGUCAUUUAAAGACAAA